UUUUCCCACUCUCCAAACAGAAAAUUCUCUCUCCUCCCCCCACGAAUUUUCUCUCUCUAGAAAUGGAUCACGUGGCCAAAUCAAAAUGUGAGAAAUCUCCACCAACGCCGAUCACCGUUCCACGCCCAUUAUCUUACUCCUCCCCAUCUUCUUCCUCCGGCCGCUCCGCCUCUCCUCCGUCGUCGUCGCCACCGCCCACGGUGGUGCUCAGCCCCUGCGCCGCCUGCAAGAUCCUCCGGCGCCGGUGCGUGGAGAAGUGUGUUUUGGCCCCAUAUUUCCCGCCGACGGAGCCCCUCAAAUUCACCAUUGCCCAUAGAGUCUUUGGAGCCAGCAAUAUCAUCAAGUUCUUGCAAGAACUUCCCGAGUGUCAAAGAACAGAUGCAGUGAGCAGUAUGGUGUACGAGGCAAAUGCACGGUUGCGAGAUCCGGUGUACGGGAGUGCAGGCGCGAUUUGCCAGCUGCAGAAGCAAGUGAGCGAGCUGCAAGCGCAAUUGGCCAAGGCUCGAGCAGAGGUAGCCAAUAUGCAGCAACAACAAGCCAACUUACUGGCCUUCAUCUGCAUGGAAAUGAGGCAGUCAUCGGAGCCCGUUUGGGCGCCGCAACACGUCGACACUGCCUGCUUUCUCGACGACGCCGCCCUUAGCUCGCCGUGGGAGCCGCUCUGGACGUGAUCGCCCUUGCCAUUCAUCCACAGGCAUUCUUUUGCAACGAUAUAAUUUAAUUUGGAAUAGAGAAGAUUUUAAUUAAGUUAAUUG